CGUCAUUCGUCGGACAACCUCUGCGCAAUCGAUCGCAGCGGAAAAAGGUUACAGUUUCUUCCGAGGACGAAGCCACGGUUCAUUCUGUGCGUGCGAUUCUGUGAUUGCAUGCGCGCAAUGAUGUAGUGCAUUCUGGUGCGGACAGUCGAGAUUCGAAGUUGAAUUCCACCGGAGUCAGUGACACAGUUACAACCUCCUUCGGCAGUGCGCUCGACGAGCGAAGCAAAUUGGUAGGCCGUUGCUUGCGCCAGGCAGGGAGGGGUUUGCAGCAGCUAGUAAAAGGUGCCCGAGUGCUGCGGCAUCAUCGGCGAAUCCGAGAAAAAAAGUAGCCACUCGUUGUGGUGCCUGUAAUUUGCUCGAUUUGUUUUCAAGUGCGUAAAGAAGUGCUUCUUUGAAGGUGCGUGCAAAAGGCGCACUCGAGCGGGUUGGUGCGUGAAGUGAAGGAAGUGCGAAGCGGACGUAACCGUGAAAAAAACAGAGAGAGAGAGAGAAAGUGAUACGGGGAGAGUGAACGAGAGUGGGAAAGCAGUGUGGCAGGUACACUACACACAAAUAGCUGUCCAAAAUCCGGACAUCAACGAUAAAGGAAGCAGGAUUACGACGACCACUUAGUGCACAAUCAUGGAGUCCCUCAUUCCGAUUGUGAACAAACUGCAGGAUGCAUUCACGCAGAUGGGAGUGCACAUGCAGCUCGACCUGCCACAGAUCGCUGUGGUUGGCGGGCAAUCGGCAGGAAAAUCAUCUGUGCUGGAGAACUUCGUCGGAAGAGAUUUCCUUCCACGAGGUUCUGGAAUUGUGACUCGCCGUCCUUUGAUUCUACAGCUCAUCAAUGGAAACGUUGAAUUCGGCGAAUUCCUUCACCAGAAAGGAAAAAAGUUUACGAAUUUUGACGAGAUCCGCCAGGAGAUCGAAGCGGAAACCGAUCGAGUGACUGGAAGCAACAAGGGCAUCUCGAAUGUACCGAUCAACCUACGGGUAUAUUCGCCGCACGUACUCAACCUGACGCUCAUCGAUUUGCCCGGCUUGACGAAGGUUCCGAUCGGUGAUCAGCCGGCUGACAUUGAGAACCAGAUCAAAGGUAUGAUAUUCCAGUUCAUCCGUAAGGAGACGUGCCUGAUUCUGGCCGUUACGCCCGCCAACACCGAUCUGGCGAACAGUGACGCGCUCAAGUUGGCUAAGGAGGUCGACCCGCAGGGCGUUCGGACGAUCGGCGUCAUCACGAAGCUCGAUCUGAUGGACGAGGGUACCGAUGCGCGUGACAUUCUCGAAAACAAGCUGCUGCCACUGCGCCGCGGCUACAUCGGUGUCGUUAACCGCUCGCAGAAGGAUAUCGAGGGUCGGAAGGACAUCCACGCGGCGCUGGCGGCCGAGCGCAAGUUCUUCCUGUCGCAUCCGAGCUACCGGCAUAUGGCCGACCGGCUCGGUACACCCUAUCUGCAGAAGGUGCUGAACCAGCAGCUGACCAAUCAUAUUCGCGAUACGCUGCCGGCCCUGCGCGAUCGCCUGCAGAAGCAGAUGUUGGCGCUCGAGCGCGAUGUGGAGCAGUAUAAGCACUUCCGGCCAGAUGAUCCGAGCAUCAAGACGAAGGCUAUGUUGCAGAUGAUUCAACAGCUCCAGUCGGAUUUCGAACGUACAAUUGAGGGCUCCGGGUCAGCGCUGGUCAACACAAACGAGCUGUCUGGCGGUGCCAAAAUUAAUCGAAUUUUCCACGAACGGUUGCGUUUCGAAAUCGUCAAAAUGUCGUGCGACGAGAAGGAGCUGCGGCGCGAAAUUUCGUUCGCCAUUCGCAACAUCCAUGGUAUCCGCGUCGGUCUGUUCACGCCCGACAUGGCGUUCGAGGCAAUCGUGAAGAAGCAGAUCUCCCAGCUGAAGGAACCAAUCCUGAAGUGUGUCGAUCUUACCGUGCUGGAGCUGUCUAACGUGGUGCGAAUCUGCACGGACAAGAUGGCUCGUUAUCCGCGUCUGCGCGACGAAACGGAGCGUAUCAUCACUACGCAUAUCCGGCAGUGCGAGCAAAAGUCCAAGGCACAGAUGAUGCUCCUGAUCGACUACGAGCUGGCCUACAUGAACACCAAUCAUGAGGAUUUCAUCGGCUUCGCCAAUUCGGUUGUUUCCAAUUCCAGUGCUCAAAGCAAAACCGAAAACGCCGUCAAGACGGGUACACGCAACCUAGGCUCGCAGGUGAUCCGCAAGGGUCACAUGUGCAUCCAGAACCUGGGCAUCAUGAAGGGUGGCUCGCGACCGUACUGGUUCGUGCUGACCUCCGAGAGCAUUUCCUGGUUCAAGGAUGAGGAUGAGAAGGAGAAGAAAUUCAUGCUGCCGCUGGAUGGGCUCAAGCUGCGCGACAUCGAGCAGGGCUUCAUGUCCCGGCGACACACCUUCGGGCUUUUCAAUCCCGAUGGUCGCAAUGUUUAUAAGGAUUAUAAACAAUUGGAACUUUCCUGCGAAAGCACCGACGAUGUCGACUCAUGGAAGGCAUCUUUCUUACGCGCGGGUGUUUACCCCGAAAAGGACACUCCUGCCAACGGUGAUGAGGAGAGCAACGAAUCGGGACCGACCGGCCAAUCGCUUGACCCGCAGCUGGAGCGACAGGUCGAGACGAUACGCAACCUGGUCGAAUCGUACAUGCGCAUCGUCACCAAAACCACGCGCGAUAUGGUCCCGAAGGCCAUUAUGAUGUUGAUCAUCAACAAUACCAAGGAUUUCAUCAAUGGCGAACUGCUGGCUCAUCUGUACGCUUCCGGUGAUCAGGCCUCGAUGAUGGAGGAAAGCGCGGACGAAGCACAAAAACGCGAGGAAAUGCUGCGAAUGUACCAUGCGUGUAAGGAAGCGUUGCGCAUCAUCGGUGAUGUUUCGAUGGCCACCUUCUCGACACCCGUGCCGCCGCCGGUGAAAAAUGACUGGCUGUCGAGUGGUCUGGAUAACCCGCGGCUGUCCCCACCGAGUCCGGGUGGUCCGCGCAAGGCUGCACCGCAGCAGCAGGGUUCCCUUGGCUCGAUGGGUGCUCCGGCUGGCCGAGGCCCACCGCCAGCACCGGCUAGUGCACGACCGGCACCGGCAAUACCAAAUCGACCGGGUGGUGGAGCCGCCCCACCGCUUCCCGGGGGCCGACCCGGUGGCCAAGCCCUACCGGCUCCAUUGAUUCCAUCGCGGCGUUAAAAACUAACUAAAUAUUAGUGCGCGUGUGUAAGCAUACAAAAACAAAAAGCGGCCAGCGGGGAGUGGUGUGGUGCGGGUAAAAAAGCAAUCUCCCCAUUGGCAACGUAAAAAAAAAUCAAUGCAAAAUGCAAUUUAUAUAGAGUUAUUAUAAAUACAAUCUAUCCAUAUACACAAGAAAAGGUAAAACUAGAAGCUCGUUAUCGUGUAGAGAUUUUGUUGAAAUGAUUGGCGUAAAACGAAACAGAGAUGGAGAGAAACACGUACGGAUCGAGGGAAAAAACAAUUCAGACAUCAGAAAACUAUUUCCACGUUAUCUUGCAAAAGUUUAAGAAAAUAUUUUAUCGUUAAAUAUGAACAACAUCAAUCGAAAUUGCAUACACACAUGUAGGAGCAUGUUAUUAUAAACAAGAUAAAAACGCAACGGUGUCUAAACACACAAAACUACGCCUCGUUCAUGAGAACUAGAGAAAAGCGAAAACCUAUGACAGUGAAGAAACAAUUAAACCUUACCCUUAUACUGAUCGUAUUCUUUCACCCUUUGCAAAGUAUAACGAUUCCGGCAAACAAUAUGUAACAACACAAACAAGCUUUUCUCGUAACGAAAAGUUACUAAUAGCUUCCUGCGAAGUGCAACAUUGCAAUACGAAGACGAAGUGUCAUGUGGUCAUAUG